AUGGAGCAACGCGAUCUGCAGUUCAAUUUAGCGUCUAGUUUUUCUUCAAAAAUGAAUUCUUCGAGUUGUAGUUAUUACGGAAACAACCGAAAUUCGGAAACUUUUACUGAUUUCGAAGGUGUUCAAGAUCUUUCGUAUUCUGCUCAGUGCUUGCAGGAGCAAAACGUACCAGCUCACGAAGACCAAGAUGUGACUUGCAUGGAUCUCAGUUUGCUUCUUUCGUCAUCGAAAGCUUGUGACCGUCAACAAAUUGAAGACGAGCUGCCCCUGAACCUAACGGGAAAAGCGAGGGAGGAUGAAAUUAAUAGGAGAUUGCGACAGAGGCAACAGUUUUGCAACUACUCCUACCCAUUCAGUGAUCCACCAAGAUCCAAUCAAGUUUUUGUUGCUCCUGAUUUUCUUGGGAUGCAUGAACUGCAAGACCUGAGAACCCAUAUUUAUAUGGAUGAUGCUACAUCACUGAACUUGACGUAUUGUCCUCAGACUUUAGAUUUAUCAGCCCAGAGUCUUGACCUUUCACUAACAGGCCAAGAUCUGCAGUAUGACAAUUCAAUUAUAGACCUUUCAGCUUCUCACAAUCUUAACUUGGAUGCUUGUACAAGCUGUGAUAUAUUAAAUUUGACCUGUCAUCAAGGAGGCACUGAAUCUGAAGCAUCUAAUAUGUUAGACCUGGCACUGCUUCAACAGCAGCAGCCCCUGCCACCAGCCUCUUCACUACCUCUACCCUUGUCAAUAACUCAAUCUCUAACUCCAACAUCAUGCACCAGCCAGCAGUACACAGCUCUUGACCUCCAAAAAAACAGCUGCGUCUCGACAGUAAGUGCCGUCAACCACCAAAUCGUCAUCGAGGAGAAACGUUACAUGUGCGCUCUCUGCGCCGAACGUUUCGCCACGACGCAGGAACUUUUAGCUCACCGCGAAACACACAUGAACGCUAAGCCUUUCGCUUGUGACCAGUGCGGCAUGCGAUUCGUGAAAGUAGGCACUUUAAAUCGCCACGUCAAGGCGACGCAUGCUCAUUCAAGACCAUACCAAUGUGAAUUCUGCGAGAAAAAAUUCGCCCAAAAGCAUGAUCUUCACCGGCACCAUCGUACUCACCUUCGCAAAUGAUUCGAUUCAUUUUUAUAGUUAUUCUAUUGCCGUUUUGUAAAUAAUUGUUUCUAGAUGGUUUGGCCGUAUUAAGAGAAUACACACGUUCAUGUUUUAA